GUGCCGGGAGGAUUCGGGGAGGGGCUGCCCGACGCGAGCGCCCCUGGCACUUCCUAGGAGACUCAGGCUCUUUCUCUGCAGCUGUCACUAGAAGACUCCUGUGCUCCUCUCUGGAAGAAGAAGAAGAAAGCCGCCCAUCCGAACCCGCUGGCUGUCCCUUCCAUCCCUCAUUCGCUCUCCGCAAACCGCUCCUCCUUCCUAGCCUUUCCAUUGUGCUCGGCCGCCUGCACAAGACCUUCACCUCCUUUGUAGUGAGUGGGAAGAUUUACUUGCGGCUUUCCGAACCUCCCGCUGCAAUGGAGCUGUAUGGAAAGAUGGCCUCUGCCCAAGAUGCCCGGUUCGGCCAGAAAGAUUCCUCUUCUGACCAGAACUUCGACUACAUGUUCAAGUUGCUGAUCAUUGGCAAUAGCAGUGUGGGGAAAACAUCUUUCCUGUUCCGCUAUGCGGAUGACUCCUUUACAUCUGCAUUUGUCAGCACAGUUGGCAUCGAUUUCAAAGUCAAAACUGUAUUCAAAAAUGAAAAGAGAAUCAAGCUUCAGAUUUGGGACACAGCAGGCCAGGAAAGAUACAGGACCAUCACCACAGCCUAUUAUCGAGGGGCCAUGGGCUUCAUUUUAAUGUAUGACAUCACAAAUGAAGAAUCCUUCAAUGCUGUUCAAGAUUGGUCAACUCAGAUCAAAACCUACUCUUGGGAUAAUGCCCAGGUUAUCCUGGUUGGCAACAAAUGUGACAUGGAAGACGAACGGAUCAUCUCAACCGAGAGAGGCCAGCACUUAGGAGAACAGCUUGGGUUUGAGUUUUUUGAAACCAGCGCCAAGGACAACAUCAAUGUGAAGCAAGCCUUUGAGCGCCUCGUGGACGUCAUCUGUGACAAAAUGUCAGAGAGCUUGGAGACCGACCCAGCCAUCACCGCUGCCAAGCAGAGCACCAGACUCAAGGAAACACCUCCCCCACCUCAGCCCAACUGUGGCUGCUAAUGUCUCCCACACAGGAGCUCCACGUGGCUCCCCAGUGGCCAAGAAAUAGCAUUUAUAAAUGGUCGAUUAGCCUUCACUUAUACUGCCUAAGAAUUCUUUGAAGGAAGUCUUUGAUGUCAGUGGCCCAUAUAUGCAUUCAAACCUUGAGCAAUUUCCUGUGUUAAUACGUGGCAAAUUCGAGCUUACAUUUGUAAGGAACUUUCAUCUAUAAACACCUGGUACUUGCAUGUAACUUGUUAUUUAUUUGUCUUUUAGAAUUUUUUUUGCAAUUUUUUUUUUUGGUCAAUUAAGCUAUUGCUGAAACCUCCGACUAUAAUUUCACUGCACAUAACUUUUGUGUCAUGGAUUCAAAUCAUGCUUCUCACUUGUAUGGGUGAUGACUAGGGACCUCCUGUAUGUGUAUGCUGUGAGCAGGGCAAGAUGACAGGAACUUAGUUUGGCUGAAAAGGAAGUGGGACUUUUGCUCUUGAGUGGAGACCCUAUCAGAGGUUUGAGCAGUUUACUAUUAGGAAAUGUAUAUACAUUGCACUUUUAUUAAUAAUAAUUGAAGUGUGUAUUAACUCUUUAAAAAAAAUGAAGAGGAUGGGUGCAGUGGUACUGGGAGGCUGAGGCAGGAGGAUGAAUUAAAGUAAGCCUGAGCUACAAUCUUUUAAACUCUUACCAUGAAAAAAAAAAUAGAAAAGAAAAUGAAAUUGAAAUGUUUCUAAGGCCCUUGCAAGUCAGUAAUAUUAAUGUAACUGGAUCCACAUAAAGAACAGCCGAGGUCUGUGUACCCUACUGCAGGACUUAGCUUCCUACUGAUUCUGCCCUUGUCUGUCUAUGUGAGAGCAAUGACCCAUGAGGAGGCUUCUACCUAAUGUCAGUUGUGCAACAAGUGCAGUAACAGGAGUGCCAUGAGGAGCCACACAAUUCCUGAGUGGCCUCCAUUCCUUAAAGAGACCUGUCCCACUCCACAAAACACCACCAUGGCUCUCUGGAGCCAGCACCAAUUCUGGAAGAGAGACUGGCUUGAUGCUCCAUCAGGGUCCCUUCUCAGAGAAGGUAGGCCAGCUUCCCAACCACUGCUCUCUAUUCCAAUGUCAGCUAAGCUUUCCCACCUAUUCAGAAGGCAACUGGGUAACCUUCCCACGAAUCCCACACUGAGGAAAAGAUCAUUUUUAUUGCCAUGUUUUUCAGAGGAUUUAGAAUUCUAAAGCAUGCUCUCAUCAUAUAAAUAUGUUCAAGGUACACAGAAGAUUCCAGAGCUGAAAGGGUACAGAAAAUUGAAGCGCCAUGGCAGUUGGAGAGAGAGAAGAGACACUUGGAACAUCCAGUGUUUUCUUCUAGGUUUCCUGAAGACCAUACAGAAAUGAUACACCAACAACAAAUCUUACCCUCUGGGCCGAGUGCAGGGAGAGUCUCUACCUUCCAGAAGUAUUUGUGGCUAGGAUCUUCUGAAGAUAUCAGGUAACCCAGCCUGAAGGACAGGACAGUUUCGUUAGGUGAACUUUUUCCUUUUGAGUGGUUGUGUAAAAGAUCCAACCCCUCCUUCAAAACAGAGAAAUAUGUUGUGAAAGUAUUUAACUCAAGCUUGCUGGCACAGCUGUUGAUAAGAUAGUAUGUGCACAUUUUCUUUUCAUCUGCUUAGUUUCAAACUUAGAAAUUAGUGGUAAGUUUCCAUGUGGACACCCAGAGGAGCAAGCCUUGGCUCACCAAAGAGAAGAGGACACCAAUGUCUUAUUAAAUUUUAAUGACACCUAGAUUCAAGAAUCAUAGAAAUUAAUGUGACGGAGAAGAGAGAAGCAUGGGGCAUAAAGUCGGAUUUCUUUGCAGUAGUUAUGUAUUCAGAUGGCAUGGUCCUAUUUCUAUGACCAGGGCUGGAAUGUGGCCAUGUUGAAUACUAUACACAUCAAAAUCAUUUCUACAGUCUAAUACAAAACAAUAAAGCCAGGAAGCCUGGGCCUCCUUGUUUUCAUGCAUUUGAAGAGUGUAAAAGGGCUUGUUCAGGUACUUUAAAUGGCUUCUUCAGAAGAAUGGUGUGUGUGUGUGUGUGUGUGUGUGUGUGUGUGUGUGUGUGUGUGUGUGUGUGUUAUAAACUGAGAGCAGGUAAGAGAGAAAGGGUCACAUUAGCUUACUUGAAAAUUCCCUGAAGUACUGGUUGAAACUGACCGACUGAAGCCAAGUGCCCACUCAUACACUUUACCAGGAACCCCAAAAUUAGACCAUUAUGAGCUAGUCAGUGGUCAAAGGGGCAACAGUAAUCCUGGUGUCGUUGCCCCCAGAACAUGUCACUCCUAUUUCCCAAACUCCCAUGGAAACAUAGUCUUCCCAAUUGAUUUUAAGAUAUGAAAUUCCCACACUGCAGUGUAUCUCAUCCCAAAAAUUCAAUAAAAAUUUCCAGAGAGACUUGUCACUAAAAGAGAAGGCUGCCCAUGUUCUUGCCAUGACCCUGGAGGAGAGAAGUCACCAUUCCUCACACCAUCAAGAUAUCUUGGUUGUAAAAAUCAAAUUUGGCAAAUGGAAACUGGAUAAUAGAACAUCCAUAAGCCUUGAGCUCUAUAGCUUAUCCAUUCUAACACUGUAAUCCUAAGAUUUGUCAACCUUUGGCCACUACAUACAUAUGUACGAAUACGCACUACACCUCCUGCCAUCAAGCUAAGUAUGCAUAGAUCCUUCUGACCAAUGACCUGGCUGAAGUCGUAUCUAAAAAGAUGUUUAAAAACUACAUACUUGUCUUCAUUUGUAGGUCUUAGACAUCAGUUCUUGUUGUCUCUGAUGCAAUUAAGUUAGUAUUUUAAGCGUGUCUUCCCCAUCCUCUGUGGUCACUUGGGCACCCUUGCGCAUUCAAUAGCUUUUAGAACCGAACCCCAAUUGCUUCAGGAACGCCCCGCCCCAGAGCUCUGGUGUUGGUUCAUCCCUUUCCCUUCGCCUAAGCAGCCACCUUGAAGUGUGAACGGAUGUGGGAGGUUCACAAGGUGUCCUCAGUCUCAAGAAGGCAAGCUAAACCAUAAGCAUCACUUCUCGGGGCUCAAAGGAAGAAGUACUUUAGAACAAUGACUCAAUUCCCUAUUGUUUCCCCCUUUAAACAGCAUCUACUGCCAGCAUGAGCGUCUAAUGACUACAAGGGACAAGAGGUUUGUGAAGGUCCUCUUGGGGGCCACUUAAAAGUUUCGUAGUGCUUGCUACCAGGCAAAUAAGUCCUGAAGUUUGUAUUAGAGGACCUAUGAGGAUGCUUCAGUUGUACUGAUAAAUGUGGACUAUAAACUCCACAAAAUUGCAACACUUAUGCAAGACAUCAGUGUGUUCAAUUAGAAAUGCAUUUAUUUCACUUCACUCAUGCCCAGAUUCAUUUAUUCAGCAAGUUUAUCAUUUUUUUUCAGGAUCUAACUUAAGCUUCUAAUUUUAAUUAUGUCUGUGACAAUAAUUUUAAAACAAAAUGCAUUCCAGUACUAACUGAACUUCCACUAAACAGCAUUAACUUCAGAGUGGUUCACUGACAUGCUUUAUCUGUCACAGUGGGUGGCUAGGUUUGUCCUUUGGUGUUUUAGUUAUUUGUGUGGCAUGUGUGGGACUGUAUUAAAAAUGUAUCUAAACUCUAUCAAGCUUAACUAAGCUGAGAUAGCAGUUGCAUAUGAAAAAAAAAAUGGUUACAUGAAUGAUUUUAGAAACAUGACCCAAACUAUCCUAGACUGAAAAGUCACUGUUCGUUGCUACUCUUCAUUGCAAUGUUGGAAUGUUUAAUCAGAUACCUUUUGGUGUGCUUGCAAACUGGCCCAUCUGUCUGGGGAACUGUCUUUGUCGAAAUGUUAGUCUUCAUGACAGACCCUGGAACUUCCUUUGUGUGCACUCUGAGUGGGGUGUGUCAGGGUGCUACCCGAGUACAAGACCCAGAAGGCCUUUCUGCUCACUCUGAAUGGUCCAGUGUCCGCAGAUCUGCCUGUUAGUGGAUGCUGCCUGUACUUUAGAUGUCUGUCGGUGGAAUGGAGAAGUCUCCUUGGUAUGCUCAACCUUUCAAUAGUCAAACCAGCUUUUUGGAGUUAUUUAUAUUGUAUGUGAAUUUUUUUUUUAUUUCUAGAAAUCAGUUAAGAUGUAAACCUAUUUUACACCCUUGAGUUUAAUUAGGACAAAUUAGGUAAAAGAUAAAUUUGGAUAAAGUUUAUGAACAGAUGGGGGAAAAAAAUCUUUGCCUUUAUACUGCACCUAAAGGGCUCUAGAUCCUAGACAUAUAGUAUCCCCUAAUGGGGGGAAAUAAGUAUUGAGGAUUUAUAUAAAAUUUGCCUACUUAUUGUUAGUGGUAUUUCAUAAGCAAAUGUAAUUUUAAACCAUUCUAAAAAUGCUUGGCACUCCCAUAAAACAACUUCCUACAGGGUAUUGACAUAUUUACAGCUGGGACACACUCCUACCACUACCCCCUCAUCACACACUUGCAAACACUGACAUCUUUUGUGGUGAAGAGAAAAUCCCCAUUGACGGCACUUUCUCCGUGCAGGGAAAAGGGGGCAUUUUGCUAUGCACUAUCUGUAACUCACAUCUUACUUAAAAGUUCAAUGAAACGAAUUCUUCCUGUGGGUUUGUUUAGUCUGUGGCCACGCCUUCUAAAACAGAGAGGGUGAAGAGAAAGUGCAUUUUGCAAACAUUGGAGGUAACAGAAAUGAAUCGUCUCAAAACCGCACCUGAAGUGGAGUAUUAAGAGUAGAUCAUGUAGCUAAGGACACGUUAGACUUUAUUUUUGCAUGGUCAUUUUAUACUUCCAGAUUUUUAAAAAAUCAUUUAGGCUAUUUUAAAAGCACUAUCAUUACAGAAUGUCACCAAGUCUCACCUUUAAUUUCCCCUCAGCAAUUGUUGUUGGUGGACUUUCCAUCAGUUAUUACUUGCUGAAAUGAGGCUGUGUACUACCUGUGUAUUUCUUUCACUUGUGUUCAUUUUUUCCUUCAUUGUGGACAACUGAGAGUUGCUGUGGCUUUUUUAUGUAGUGGAAAUAUCACCAUAUUACUGUCAUUUGUGGCUAAGGAUUGCUUAGGUUCAUGAAUGCUGUUCUCAUAAACACAGAUAGCACAUGAGCUGCGUGUCUAUCUGGCCUGUCAGGGAUGUAAGCAUGACCUGUAUUUUACUAGUGAGUCCGUAAUCCUUGUCAAAGUGAAGCUUGAGGAUUGUCUGGUGUGUCGAUGUGAUGAUUUUUCCACACCUUGUUUCAUCAUCCCUAGAAAGUGUGAUGAAUGGGAACUGUCCUGUAAUUCCUGUUAAUAUAUUGUUAAUGUCAGAUGUGACGUGGUGCCAUUCAACUGUCCAAAUGUACAACUACUUAAUGGUGUUUGUAGAACUGAAAUGUCGUAAAUGUUGCAUGAAGUAUGUUCUAAAAAAUAGAUUUGUUUUCUAUUUUCAACACCUCAGAAUUGAGGGUUCAUGGGCCAAUAAGUGCAAUAUUUAAUGACUUACUCAGUGUAUAUAAACUAGUGUGAAAGUGAAUUAUGAUGAAUGUGUGAGUUGCUUUGAUAGCCAUGUGCUUAUUCAAAUGAUUUCUUGUAGUAGUAUUUGUCCAGUGGUGCAAUUUACACAGUAAACAUUUUACUGGCACCAUGGGAAUCUCCUCUGUGCCUACUGAAAAGUAUCUUUUUUUUCCCAUUUAUAAACCAAACAUUUAGUAUCUGAAAACACAUUGUCAGUUUUACCUUUUAGAAUUGUGGGCUUCAUUUCCAAGAAAGAAUGCUGUGAGUUUGUUUUAUAAAAGUAUUCACCUCUAUAGCUCAGAAUUUUCCCUAAUCUUCGUACAAGAGUGUAUUAAGCAGCUAAUUUAGAUACCUAAGAAGAAUAUGCAUAUCGAGAAAUCACCUUUUCUCCUCAGGAAAGUUGAUCACAUGUUCUGUCUGCAGAAAUGCUCCACUCUUGUAUUGUAUAUAUAUAUUUUAUUGUUGCUUAAUCUUGUUCUUUGUUUGCAAGCUCAGCAAUGUCAGCCUUGGGAUCUCUUAGCAUUAUCAGUGUCUUUUUAGUUUGUAGAUAAUGUUAUAUCCACCUUCAACUCUCAAUUGUCCACAAUGCUGAUAUAAAAGAAAGAGAAAUCAAUCAAACUCCUUAACCCGUUUUGAGUGUUAUUACACACACACACACACACACACACACACACACACACAUUAAAACUCUAGUAGGAUUAUCACAGUUAAUAUGUAUGUGAAGGUUAAGCUAGAUCACCACUUUAAUUUCCUAUUUUCUAUAUCAAUUAUUAAGGUAAAGCCUAAUUUUAUCAGUCUUCAUUUUCUCUCAUGAUUGUAGCAAUCCAUUAUACCUUUAGGAGGCAUGGUUUAGUCACUGAAAUCAAUGGAGUGCAGUUGGUUCCAGACACCAUGGCUACCUGUACACAGUAACCAUUCUGUUCUAUUUAUAACAUCUGACCAGAGGUUGACAUAUGAAGAGUGCCAAUCAUAUUCAGUGAUGCUGAGUUGUGUGGGCAAUAUGUGGCCCAAAUGUCACUGUGCCAGGUAGGAAGUUGUGCUCAUCUCUCAAAACCCACUCGAGAAGUGAGGUGAAAGCGAUGGAUGGAAGAUGGAGAUAAUGAAGAUUUAGUGCCAAAUUAAAAGGAAAAUCAAAGUAGAAACAGGUAGCUGACCACAGAAUGAUAUUGAUGAGUGUGGUUAAAUGUUUCAUUUGUUGUCACAUGGUCACUGAUGGCCAUGUGCUCAGCACUAUGGGAAUCCAACACGGAAGAAAUAUGGUAAAAGUAGAUGGUGCAAUCUAAGUGGUAGACUAUGGCAGCAUAUAGGAGCCCAAAAAAUGGAGAAUUAUAAUAACGAGACGAGUCAAGGGUGGCUCCUAUGCAGGACCAUGAUCCCGGGAAGAAUGAGGUGGUAAGGAGAUUGUGCCAAGUAUGCCAAUGCAAAAAGCCACACCGCGUCCCCUGUGAGUGGAAGGGUGGCAGAGUUAGCAACUAUGGAGACUGAAACCCACAAAUUACCCAGCUUAGCUGUCUGCAUUCUGAUCUCCAUGGAGAAGGCAAGCUGCUAGCUACAUCAUUGUAUCCCCCUGCACUGAGCAGCCUCAGCUCAGCCACAAAACACAACCGCUUUCAAGCCACUUUAGAGCAGUUAAUUUAGACAUUUGCCAACAAAGCAAACCACAAGACAUUGCCUAACCUGACGUCCCCCAGGCAGAUAUGAGUUCAGACUUUUCUGUAGCUCUGGUUUUGUUUAGGGACAUUGAACAAUGCACAAAGAAAGACUCUCCUUUGCGACCGGGUACUUUGGUCUCCUUCCUGGUGAUGACACUGUGGAACUCUCCUUGAGACAAUAUUUAAUGCUUUCUUAUAGUGAUUGUGAUGUUUAGUUGAAAACUACCACUGCAUAGCAAGUAUCGUGACUCUUCCUGUGUCCACAGAAGCUCUUGUCUGAGUUUAAAGCUAUAAAGCGUAUUCACAUUGUGAAAUUAUUAUUAUUACUAUUGAAAUUAAUUGUGUAAAAAAUGGUACGUGCUCUGUUAGGUAUCUAGUUUAUGUGUGAAUUCUGUAUGGAAAGUGGUUUUGUUCUCUGAGUUUAUCUUGUUUUAUUUUUUGAAGAUUACAAUAAAUAUCUAAGAGACUAUAUUCCUGAAA